UACCACACGGUCCACACCAGAAAAAUAAUAAUAAUAAAAAGGAGAAUAUAAGUGGGAGUGGAAGCGGAGGCCGGAGGGGGAGGGAGAGAUGCUGUCGUUGGCCCGGCGCCCCCUCUCCGCCGCUGUCCCCGCCGGCAACCUCCUCGGCAUCCACCUCUUCCAGUGCCCUGACACCGUGGGCAUCGUAGCGCGCCUCUCCGAGUGCAUCGCCUCCCGCGGCGGCAACAUCCACAGCGUCGAUGUCUUCGUUCCCGACGACAGGCCCGUCUUCUACUCCCGCAGCGAGUUUACCUACAAUCCAAUGCUCUGGCCCCGUGAUGUGCUUCGUACUGACUUCCUCAAUUUGUCACAACACUUUAGUGCACAAAGGUCUACUGUUCGAGUCCCUGAUCUCGACCCAAAAUACAAGAUAUCGGUACUCGCUUCUAAACAGGAUCAUUGCUUGUUUGACUUGCUCUACAGAUGGCAAGAGGGCAGGCUUCCAGUUGACAUAAACUGUGUCAUAAGCAACCAUGAUCGGCGUAAAGAUAACCAUGUCAGACGUUUCCUUGAGAGACAUGGAAUUCCCUAUUAUUACCUACCCACAGCUCCUGGAAAUAAAAGAGAGCAAGAGAUUUUAGAAUUGGUUCAAGGCACUGAUUUUGUGGUACUGGCAAGAUAUAUGCAGAUAUUGUCUGAAGGCUUUCUCAAGGCAUAUGGCAAAGAUAUUAUCAAUAUCCAUCAUGGCCUUCUUCCCUCGUUUAAAGGAGGGAAUCCUUCGAGACAGGCCUUCAACGCUGGAGUGAAGUUGAUUGGUGCAACUAGCCAUUUCGUUACUCCUGAACUUGAUGCUGGCCCAAUCAUUGAGCAGAUGGUUGAACGGGUGUCCCACAGAGACACACUGCAGAGUUUUGUGGUGAAAUCCGAGAACCUUGAGAAACAGUGCUUAGCAGAAGCUAUAAAGUCAUACUGUGAGCUCCGUGUGCUACCAUAUGAACUGAAGAAGACAGUUGUGUUCUGAAGGAAUUAUUUUCUAAGAGAUUAUAAUUUUGUCUUUUUCUUUUUUUUUUUGUGAAUCUUAGCAAUACAUGAUUGAUUGGUUCAGAAUCUUAGCAAUACAUGAUUGAUUGGUUCAUCAUCAGUUUGUCAUUGGUGAGUAGCUGUGUGGGCGUGGAGUAUGUAACUUGGGGGUAUAACAAUAAACAAAUAGGAAUAUGAUACGUUU